CAUAUUUGCCGCUAAGUGCGAAAAAUUCUGAUCCCUGGAUCUACAUAACGCUAAAUCCCGCCCUGCUCGAACCGCUCCUACUUUCACGCACACUUCCGGCCAGGACGAAAUACAAGUUGGGACUUUCCCUUAACAAAAAUCGGGACGAAUUAGUGAUCAGAUCCGUCUGCUAUUUUUGUGACGCGGGUCGCCCCGUCGUUCUCACGAUGCCCGUCCAAUCACCCGCCACUUUCAACUACUUUCCCGACUAUGUCGUAAAUCUGCGCGGGAAAGUUUUGCGCGUCGUAUUCCCCCUAAUUUUGGGGCGGGUCGAGGUGCCUCCACCGUACGAGGGGGUAAACAAUGCAAAAAGAGGAAUGUGGAAGACACUUUUUGACGAAUUUCUCAUGCCCAAGUUCAACUUUAGUUAUACAAUGUUCCUCGCAACGGGGAAAGGGACCGGGUUGGAGUUACCGAAUGGAACGUGGGUCGGCACGGUUGGUGACGUCGUGGCGGAUCGGGCCGAUAUUGCCAUCAUUACAGCAAUGACGGAUAAACGAAUAAAAGUGGUCACCUUCACGAACACGUUUUUCGACAUAAAUUACCUCAACUUUAUCACCACCGAGGGAACCCGCGUCUUUUCUCCCGCCGUUCUCCUCUGGCCGUUCGACGUGGUCAUGUGGUCCUUCAUCGGCGCCUCCACCGUGGCCGCGUUCCUCAUCUUCAAACUGAUCAAUAAGGCGAUGGCUGCUUCGCACGUGGAGGUGAAAAAUAUCCCGCCAAAUAAUCCCACGUGGGGCAUGAGACGCCAAGUUUUCUUCGUUUUGACGAGUUACCUGGACCAAGAUUGCGGCGGAAUGCCGAGUUUUACCCCGUUGCGCUGUUUCGUCGCGUUGUGGCUGUUUUUUACCCUGAUUAUUACAACGGUAUACAGAUCCAAAAUGGUCAGUUUUCUCGCAUUUCCUGUGAUGGAACGACUUCCCCUGACUUUUGAACAGUUGGUGGCCUCCGAUUACGAGGUCGGCUUCCUUAAACAUGGCGAUUCUGCGUACAACACGCUGAAAGCGUCGACGGAUCCGGUCUAUGUGAAACUGCUGAACGACAUGGAAAUCAUUACGGGAAACGGAUUGGAAUGUUUGGAACGUGCCGUGGCAAAAAAAUAUGCCUGCAUUGCAUACGCGUUGGCAACGAUUUACCUGAAAGCGAGAAAUUUAUCGGAUUCGGAAAUCAGGAAACUUGUCUUCGCACCGGAAACGACGUAUAAUAUAUUUAUGGGCCUCGUUCUCGAAGCUGGCUCCAUCUACAAGGAAAGUUUCGACCGCUGGAUCGGCUGGACGCGGCCAUUUCACCUCGCCGAUUUAUGGGAGGCGAACGACAUGUAUUACAACGUCCGCCUGCCAAAACGCGCCUGGUGGCUGGCAACCAAUCAAACGGACAAAUUGGCGCUCUCCGACACGGCGGGAAAUGACAAUCUCACCUUGAAACACAUUUCCGGCGCGUUCUACACUCUCACAGUUUGCUUGGCCAUCUGCGCCAUCGUUUUUAUCCACGAAGUGAUAAGUUUCCAUGCAAAAAUGACGGAGAAAGCGGGACGGUUACGGAGACUUUUUAGAAAUUCGGACGAUCAGAAACUUAUCAUGGUUGUGGACACGUUUAAAUCACAGAUUUGACACGAUGCUAAUAAGACCUACAGAUAUUACCAGUAGUAUACGAUGGAUAUGUAUUUAUUUUGGAUUUUUGUUAGGUUAUUCAUAGCAAUAAAAUUUGAAACUAUUUUCAAGAAAUUGCAAGUCCGAAA